AUGAGAUUGGCAAACCUGGCUAUAGGAAAACAAACCUCUUCUUUGGUCCCUUGACUCCUUUCAGUCACAACCAAUGUCGUCUAGCAAAACAGUGUGAAGUUGCUCGUUAAGUCCAACGCCGUUGUGAAAGCAAAGUAGUCGUUUCAUGGCUAAGAUAUGAGAGAAGGAUGAGUGACCAGCGAUUGCAGGAGACCUGGACCUCCUUUGCACAGACUCAGUCGACAGAUGUAUUGGAACGGCAGACCCGCUUGGAUGAGUUUUUGGAAUUGCUUUUAUCAUCUGCCAAGGGAGAGACCCCAAUUUCAAACCUUAUUCACUUCAGUGACGUUGAAAGCGUUAUCAAUCUUCUGGGUGCCCAAUUCUUAGCUGACAUAGAGCAUAUUUGCUUGGGGUCUGCAAGUUAUGAGAGUGAUGUGUCCUCAAGUGCAACUAGCCGAUCUGUGGAAUCCAUUGUUAGUGAUGGGUCACAAGCAAGUGAUUUUGCAAAAGGCUGUCGACCCAGGGUGACCGGAAAGCAGCUUGGAAGAAGAACAGUUUCUCUGAGAGAAACAAGUAAGUCCCCCUGUGUGCAGCACGAACAGUUUAUGAAAAAUCAGGCAGAUCUUCAGCAGUGUUAUGACAAUUUUAAUAAGGAAUAUGCUAAACUUUCUCUGAAAAAUGAUGGGGAUAUCAUCGAAGGUAAUGAUGGAAGUAGCCAUUCGUCGGCUCUUCAAAAUGAUACGGAGUCCAUCCAGAAUCAUUGCAGCCAAAGCGCACAGAUGGAAAAUGAAGACAAAGAUAAUUCUGUGAGUUACUUCUCUGGAAGUGAUGUUAUAAUGACGAUAAAUCCUGUAUAUAAAGUGGAUCGUGAUUCUGCAGAAUUAGGGAACAAUUCACUUCAUUGUCAGAGCAGCAGCAGUAAUGCUCCAUGCUCUGCAGACAUUCCAGUGGAAUUUAACAUAGGUGCUCAUAGUUUUUCAAAGUCUGUUCCCAUGAAUAAUGUUGUUCCCAUGAAUAAUGUAGGUGCCAAUUCAGAUAUUCUAAGGAAAACUAACUGCAGUGCUCCAGAUUUGGCAAGUAUUGUUAGUAGAAGUGAUGGGAGUAAAGCGGAUAUUACUGGAUUAGCUCAUAAAAUUAACUUCAGUGCUCCUGAUUUGGAUUUAGUUCAUAAACUAAAUGGAAAUGUUCCCAACCUUAACUCCUCCAGUAAAGUGAAUACCAGUGCUCCUGAUUUAGAUAUUCAUCGAAAUGCAUCUUUUAACACCCAUUAUGUGCCAAAUAUUGACAAAAAAAUUAACAGCAGUGCUCCUAAUUCUCUGAAUUAUAUGAGAGAAAAUGACAUGAUUCUAAAGUCUCACAGCGUAGAUGUCAAGUCAAGUGAUGUUUUUUCAAUUAACUUAGGUACCUCUGACUCUCUUUACUUGAAAUCAAAAAGUCUUGAUGAGGACUGCACAGACUCCCAUGGCGCAAGAAAAAGUGACGGCAGUGAAGCACUGCCUCUUGAUAUAUUGUGUAAGAGCAAUGGUGUACCUUCCAACAUAGUGGGGACAUGUUUUGAGGAACUGAAAGUUGAGUUUACAAAGGAAUCUUGCAAAUCAGUAGCUCAAGAUAAUGUUGCUCCUGCUACACCUGAUGUUCUUCAGCAUGAAUCAGAAUUGGAUAAAUCAAAAAGUGAUUGUGUUCCAAUUGAUGCCUUGCCAGCUCACAAAAAGGUUCGCCACCAGUCUGCUGGGUCAAUGCCUCACAGUUCUCCACGUAGCAGGCAACUUUCUGGUGCUCUAUCACUCACCCAAGAUGAUGGCCUAGACACCAUUGCUCUUAAGCAGUAUGUAUUGCGGGGAUGUGGAGCAAAAAUUCUUGUGGCUCUUGAUCAGCUUGGAGUUGCGAGCAUUACAGGAAUAAAGGAAAUAAGUCAUGUAUUAGGCUUUGUCUUUAGAUAUAUUUUCAAGAAUGCCUCAGCCGAAGAAAAAUGCAAAUUUUGGUAUGAGCACCAAAAGGAAAGCAUAUUGUCUAUCAAGAAGAAGCCAUUUGAAGAUGCAGCCAGAUUUGAUGGUAAUCAUAUAACAUCUCAGCCAAGACAUGAAGAAGGGGACCUGGAUGCUGCAAGCAGUUUCACUUUUAGAUAUGAACCAGCUGUCACCCUAAAUUUAGAGACAAUCUUUGGCACAACUGUGCAUCCUUCUCACCAGAGAAAUGCUUCAACUGGUAGAGGAAAUCGUCCAAGUUUGGGUCUACCAAAUUCCUGGUCCCAGACCUCGGGAUCCAAAAGCAGUAGUGUGUCAAGUUGUCAGAGUAUAAAAAGGGUUGGAAAGAGAAGACGGAAACGUUUGUCGUUAACUAAUCAUUAUAUUCAGUCAGAAUCAGAGGGAGAAGAGCUCCCAAAGGCCAAUAAAAGUCGUAAAUCUAUGGUCAAAUUUACUAUGAACCCAAAGGACUUUGAUUACUUUACCAACGUUGUUUAUAGCGAUGACGACAAGUACCUAGAGCCGGAAACAGACCGAUCCAGCAGUCGCAUGAGCGGCAAGGUAUACUGCCAUGAGGAUGCCUUAUGCCUUUCAGUUAUGGAACUUUUACAGUGCAUUCUUUCUCUGCAAGCUCAAAUUGCAGCUCAUGAAACAGAAACCAAGCAGAUCUUUUCUCCAUUAUUAGCUUGCAAUGAAAUUUUGGUAUUUUGCAUAGAAACCAUUCCAUGUAUGGUAGAAGAACUGAAGUCCAUAGAAUUAAAAGGAGAAGACUCUUUUCCUAUUUAUGUACUUUUAACACAGGUUUUAAGGUUGUUAUUUUCAGCUGUACAGAAAUUUCUCAAAAGUGGAGAGUGGUUGAAUACUGUCAUUGAUCUUCAAGUAGUACCAAAAGUAAUGGGACUCAUAACAGGUUUUUUAGACACCAAAUUUGGGUCAUCAUCUAAGGCUGAAAUAUUAAAGUCAACCUUUGGCAAGGCAUCAGUUGCUUAUGAAGGUAUCCUUGGGGUGAUCUAUACUCUUCUGUGUUGCACUUGCCUUAAAGUGGAAUAUAAAGAUGUGCGUCACUGCCUUAGUCUUCACAAGGUAUUUUUAGAAAAUAAUGGUCCUUUAGUAAUAAAGAAAAUUAUUUCUUUGAACUCCUUACUUUCUGUAAACAAAAGAGCAGAUGUACUUAAUUUGUUGAGCAGGUUAGUCUUAUAUAUGAAAUACUGGCGAGAAGAUGUUCAUCAUUCAGAGAAGUGUGAGAAAAAGAGCCAUCGUUUUUGUGAAUAUCUGUCGGUACAGAAUCAUCACUUACAAGUGUUUGGGAUGAGCUCUAGUAUGGUGAAUGCUAUUGAUCCUAGUGCAUGCAUGAUUGCAAAUUUUGUAUGCAUUUUAUUGGACUCAAUGUCUUAUAAUCAUGAGGCAGAUUUGUAUACAUUCAGUAUUAAAGCACUCACAAAAUGUGGUCUGUGCUGUUGCAUGAAUACAGGAAUGAUAUUAAGCAGACUCUUGCAGAUAUUAACUGAAAAGCCUCGCUUGGUUGGAUACGCAGCAUCUUACAUUGAAAAUGUUGUUUGGAGAGACUUGAGUGGACUAACUGUCAGAGAUCCACCAAGAUGUGCAUUUUGUCAAACUCCAGACCUCAUGGGUGUUGGUCAUCAUUCUGUGACGGGGGAGUAUGCUCCAGAAGAAUCAUUUUCUUCAACAUUCAGUGGGAGGAGUGUCCCUUCAUUUCAUAGCCCUUUGAACUACAACAGUCAAGGGUACGAUGACAAAGGUAAAUCAUUAUCUUUAUCUCACUGGGAAGGUAUUUCCCAGUACAAGAGGUAUUUAUUCUGCCCACAGGUCAGCUCAAAGAUCAUGAGUCACAUUAUACGUCUACUCUCUCAAAGUAAUACUGCAGUGAAAAUUGAAAUUUGUGAACAUCUAAUUGUUCCAACUCUAAAACAAAUUUGUGAUCAGGGUGUAGACAUCCAACUGGAAGAAAAAGAAGUCAAUAGAGAAGUUCUUAUUGGACUUUUCAAGUGCUUUAGGCUAACACUAGCAGAAUCAAGUGACCAAAAGUUGAUGAAAUUUUUACAGGACCAUGGGCUUACUCUUAUCAUGGCUAGUAAAUUAGUUCCUGGGAUCAGGCAUGAAGCAUUUGCUUUAUUAUGCAACAUUGUUAUGAAGGAAUUAAAAUCAAAACCUGGAUUGCCAGUCUUAAGUGACACUGAUGAAGAGAGUAAUUUCAUAUUUACAAAGGUAUUUGAGAGAGAGAUCUUAGAACAUGAUGAAUUCUGGACAGCUUAUUUCAACAUGAAGGACAGAGAAAUGCGACAACGGUUCUUCAUUCACACUCAGCUGAGUAUGGGUGAAGCUGUCAUUUCUGGCUCACAGGAGUGUGUCAAUAGUGGAGACGAUGAAGGAUACAAGACGCAGCCUGAUAUUGAUUUGCCAGCAUAUACAAAUCCACCAGGAGUAACAGAAGUUCAUCCAAGUGAAGCCAGUGAUGAUGAUGAUGAACCAGUUUAUAGUACGCGAAUUGUCAGACAAGAUGCAGUGGAUGAUUCUGAGGUGAAAGGUUCAUGUGAGUCAAGGAAAACGGAACAGUUUUCACGUCGGGAAGAUUUCUUAGAUCAUUACACCGAUGAAAACUUUAAGAACAUGGAUGCCGCAGUCCUUGCGACUAGGUACAAAGGAUUAGGAGAAUUGUGGGUUGCAAUUACACAGGUGUUACACAAGAGUUCAGAAUUUCAAGCAUAUUUAGCCGCAUCUUCAGUUAGGUCUCUAGCUGCACCACUGUUGAUCAAUAUUACACAAGAUCUAGCAAGAGCCUCGUCAGGGGCUUUGAGUCUCCAUAGUGUUGUUUUAGAAGAACUGGCAGUUACUUUCUCACUUGUACAUUCCUUGCUGACAUUCAUAAUUGUGGCAUAUCCAUAUGCAGGAUUGAAUGUAGAAACCUUGCUGAAUGAGCUUCGUUCCCCUUUGCUGAGAUAUUCUCCACGGACUUGUGGGGAUGUGAAACAGCUAGUGUCAGUUUUGAUGCAGUGCUGUGUAUUGUCUGGGUCUUCCAGUUCAACCUUCUCUCUUUCUCACUCUGCCCAGCAUGUCCUGGAAGUGUUGGAUGAAGAAACAACUGGGCCUACAGCUGAGCCAGAUCAUGCAGAGGACACUGAUGGCUAUGAGGCUGAUACUGAGCAGUUAGCAAAUGAAACUUACCCAACUUCUGCAAGGUCCUCUCGACGGGAGGAAGAUCUUGAGUGUCCUGAGCUUGUUUUGCUUGCUUUAGAUCUAAUCAUAAAUCACCAUGUCAAGUUCCUUGAAACAAAGGAAGAAGGGAGUGAUGAUAUGAAAGGUUGGCCAAAGACAAAGUGGGAAUAUGUGAAACCAGAUUCAUUAAAAGCAGAAGCUGGUGAUUUUGAAAAGAGUAGUGUAACAUCUCCAGUCCUCACUGAAGGGGAGGUUGGAGAAGGUAUGAAGCAUACUGAUAGCGGUUUAGAAACAUCAAUAAGUGCCAAAAGCAAGAGGGAGACAUUAAAUCGGACUGAGUCAGUGGAGAGUAACACUUCCACUUCAUCUGUGUAUCACAGUAUUGAAGAUGAUAUCUUUGACAUGGGAGAAAGUGGUUGUAAAGAGAACUUAGAGCCUGAUGCAAAAGAUAGUGUACCAAGUGAGUGCAGUGCCAAAGGGAAGCCAAGUAUGCAAAAUACUUCAUCUACAACCUCAUAUGAUGACACUUCAUCACAAAAUUCAGAUAAUUCUCAGUUAAAAGUACAAUCAAGGUUGCCUGAUGGAAAGAGUGUUUUAGAAAAUGAACCGAAAGUGAAAACCCAACAUCAGGAAUCUACAUUGAUUGCAUCUUCCUCAUUUAUGUCUUCCUCAGGAUUGUGUUGUGAGAGUGAAAUGUCUCAUAGUGCCUCCUUGACUCAAUGUGUUCAUGCUUUGUUAGUUUUGUGCAAAUCUUCACCAACAAUUUGUCGAAGACUUCAUUCACUUGGUUUCCUGUCCAACUUGCUUAAUGGAUUUACAGAUCUUAUAGCAGCAAACAACAUUACUUACCAAGAUCUUGUAGGGACUGUGGUGAGCGUGUGGGCAGAAGUUGGUCGAUGGAGCAUAACGCCCACUGAACUGUCACAGUUUUUGGCUCUCUUUAAAUCAAAAAGUCCUCCUUUGGACAUAUUAUUGCGGGCGCUCUCGCGUGUCCUGGAAGGUUGUGGCCGAGAACCUCAGUGCUCUCUCACCUACCCUUGUCCAGGGGCUCCCAUGGCAUCCAUCACUCCAACCCUCGAUGCUUCCCACAGUUCGCUCACGGAGAGUUUGGCCUCCUUCGUCAACAUCCGGGUGCCUUCGUCUCCUGUCGUCGAGGCCAUUACCAGGCUCCAUGACAGUCACUGCAGACAUGGGAUCCUUUCAUGUGCUGCAAUAUCUUGUGUAGUGUGUCCUGUACCACGUACAUUAGACUGGUCACCGUAUAAUUCUGGAUUGGCGUGUACCUCAUGGUUAUGUAUACGGGACAGGUCAGCUACUGAAAAUAAACUGCGUCCAUCUUCACAUUCUAGCUUGAGUUGGGGUUCAGAAAGUGGAUUUAAUACUGCUGUCAGAUGUGGGUCUUUCUCACGUGGUGCAACAUCAACAUUUUCUGUGAGCAGUGAACUUACUUUAAAUAAACUACACUUGUUAUCUGUUGGAACUCAGCAUCUAAUGUUCUCCCUGUGGUUAGACCCUACUAAAGAUUUUCUUCAGGUAUGUGUAACUCGAGAAGUUGAUGGGGAAAGUGCAGUACUAAGCCAUGGUGUGGUUUUACAUGCUGGGCUGUGUGAUGGAGAGUGGCACCAUCUUGCUUUUUGUGUACCUACUAUAAAUGUCAGAAGAGGAGGAAGUCUAAAGAUGGCUGUUUUUGUAGAUGCGAUAAAUUGUCAUGCUGUCAAUUUGGUAAUUCCAGCUGUUGGCUCAAUCAAAAAGAGUACGCCAUCCUACCUCCUCCUUGGUCAUGCCGAUUAUUACUCUCCUGAGGUGAACUCAUCAGGGCAGGCAUCGGAUGAUGACCAUUUAACAUUCCACCGAAUAAGGCGUGGCAGCUUAUGCUUCAGUCACUCUCAUAAACUCAUGAUGGCCAAUACAUUCCUCUUCAGGGAGCCAAUUUUGAGUAGAGAACUCUGUCUGUAUUUGAUUGCUUUAGGAAAGGAUUACCUAAGCUUGAUACCCUUAACAGGCAAAGAUGAGAGGAUACUCUUAACACCUUAUAUCUCUCCCAAGCUCCUUUCAAUUGGAAUAGAUCUUGCUGUUUUAUAUGCAAAGAUGGAGACCUUAAUACGACCGGCACAAGAGGGCCUCUUGCUGCUCCACACAGCACAACGUCCUUCAGAAUUUCUGUGUUAUAAACCUCACAUGCCAUCAUUGCAAGACACUGGAACAUACUAUCCUUCAUGCACCACACAAACUGCUGUGCUGUUUGGAGAAAUGACCCCACAGAAAACUUUAGGACCUGAUGUGGCUCUUCUUCAAAUGGGAGGAGUAGCUCAUCUUAUUUAUCUGUUUGCUCGAGUGGUUGAAGUUCAAGGAGAGGAACGUGAACAGGCUGAAGCCCUCACACUCCUUCUCAAAGCUGUGCACUCUUCACCCCAGCUCAGUGCUGAGUUUGCUCUUCUACGGGGGAGCUCCCUAGUCUUUCGCAUCCUUUCGUCUCCCUUAGCCACACCAGGAGUUCAGGCAAUGAAGGCAUUGCUGGAUGGCUGUAUUUAUCCAAGUGUAGUCCAGUACUUGGCUUGUCGUGAUGUUUACACCAUUGCAUCGCAUGUACCUGCUAUGUUGGUAAAUCGGGAUUUGAUGGAAUCACUUAUUAUCAACUGGAAAUGUUUUGUUGGUCAUGUCUCGGAGGACCAAUUAACAAAAUACUGUGUUAAUGAUCAAGGUGAACGAAUAAGUGAAUUAGGAAUGCUUUUAGCGGCUUUAAUGUACUUGUUAGCAGAAAAUCAAGUGUAUCGAGACUUCAACCUGGUUCAACUCCGUGAUAUUGAUGCUUUGGACAAAAUACUCUUCAUGGGAAAGGCCCUGCAAUUGACUGAUGAUACUUUAGAUGGAAAAUUCAUGGCCCACCUGUAUGUAGGCGUGGUGACUGGCCUUAUGGGUGGAUCAGGCCCAGGUGGCUGGAAGUCAGUAGUCGGUUUGGGAGUAAAGUUCGUAUCACUUGAGUCUUUCUCUUCUGGCUUUUGCUCUGGUCCAUCUGGAAGUGGUUUAACUACAACUAAUACAGGGAAUUCAUAUGGCAUCACUUCCCCUCCAGUGCGUGUUAGAGAUGCUGCUGCUGUGUACGGGUUUCUGUUGCUCUCUCAUCCUGCCCAUCUUACAUAUGCAGCAACUGAUCAAAACACUGCUUAUUAUUUACCAAUUGUGCAACCAAAAAAAGUUGGUAGGCCAGGUUCCUUGGUGGCAGUCGGUGUUGAUUUGGCAGCACAGAUUGAAGAGAAACAGAGUCCAUCACGUUCUGACAAAAGCACGGUUCCUGUGGAGGUAGUGGAGAAGAGAGAGCCUGUUGAAGCCAAGACAGGUGCAGAGGAAACUUGUACUCCUAUCGAUUAUUGUAAUAAGAGUUCGGGUGAACGGGGACCCUCUGACAAGGAACCUUAUGGAACAGAUGAAAAAGAACUGACUGACAAAGAACGGAAUGGGAAAGUUGGUACAAAAAAGGUUAUGUGCCCUGCGCAGGUGAUUUUGCGAGAAAUGAUCUCAACGGAAUGGAUAAUAAUUGACAAUCCAGGUAAUGUAGAUGGUGUUCGAAAGGUCACUAAGACUCACAGAAGUGGUAGACCAUCUGCUAGGGAUGAAAGCACUCCAGAAAGCAGUUCAUCAGUAAGUUCAGAUGAUGCAGAGAAAGAAGGUGUUAGUGGUGUAAAAAAAAUACCUGUGGAAAUUGGGGAAGAUCAAGUAGAUGGGGAUUCAUUAGUGAAAACCACAGCUCUGGCUACCAUGGUGGUUCCAGGGGUAGAUGUGUUAGAACAGAAAUUUGAUUCAGAAAGUGUUGAGAUUGAAAAUGCAGUUUGUGCUGAUCAAAAUCUAGAUGAAAGUUGUGAUAAGGUAAUGAAAACUUUAAAUAACAAACAUUCUAUGUUAAAGGUGCCAAGACUCGAAAGCCCAUCAGCAGACUCUUCAGGAAGUGACAGAACUGAAGUUAUUGUUAAGUGUAUUGGAAAAACCACUAGAUGGACUGAAGAUGUUGGAGAAACUGAGGAAGAUGAUAGUGAUGAAGAGGAAGAAAGCAUUAGUGGUGAGGAGCUUUCAACUCUUAUGCAAGUGGUUGUUGGUUUGUUAGAGUUGCUGCAGGUGAUUCUAAAGUAUUCAAAUGAGUCUACUCGAUACACAUUGUUAGCAGAGGCCAUAUACAUGGAUCAAGCUCAAAUCAUGAUGAAUCAUCCUCACCCUGUCAUACGUACAGCAGUUUUUAAGUUAUUCACUACAAUACUAGAACGAUGUUCGCAUGAGGAUCGCGUGUUACAUCUUCGUCAACAUGCUCCAAUGGUUGUGGCUCAGCAGCUGUACAAGCACACAUCUACAUCAUCUCAUUUGGUCAUGGCUGUGUUUUCUCUUGCUCAUGGUCGACCAUUUACCUUUGAUGAUUAUGCAAUAGAUUCUGAUCCAAGUUUAGCGCUUCCUGGCCAAGUGACAAUGUUUAUCCCAUUAAUGGCAGUGCUUCCAAAUACUUGCCAAGAUAUUGCACUCUGUCACAACUCUUUAAUGGUCUUACUUGACCUACUACAUAAGAAUCCUGAUUUGAUUGUAUCACUGGUGACGAGAGCUCAUCUGGUAGAUUCCCUUUUAAGUACUCUCAAGAAAUGCCUUCAUGUUCAAGGCAUAGGUGUUAAUGAUGUAACGGGAGAGAGUGAGAGUGAAUUGGUUGUGUCUGAUGUUACAGACAUCCUUUCUUGGAUUAUCAAUUCUCUUGUGACUUCAAAUCCGCACAAGCAUUAUAUGAUUUGCUUGGAGACAUUGCACCAACUGAAUUUGAUGUGUCGAGGGGAAAAAGCAGAAUGUGGGGGUCAAGCCAAUUGUGUAGCAUUACUGCACACUACUGAAGCAGCUCUUUUACAAGUAGCCCUUUCAAGAAUACAAGCAACGGCCUCUACACUUCAACACACUGCUAGAGAUUUGGCUGCAAGUCUCAUAUCAGGUAAAGGGUUGACAGGAUCAAGCAGUAUGCAUAACAUGAAACUUUUUGCAGCGCAGACAAGAGAGGAUAGCGAUACAGGAGUGGGAUCUGUUUUAGCUAAUUAUGCAACCAUUCCACUCUCUCACAGCUUCCAUACAAUAUCUGAUCAGUUGUUCAUCAGCCAGAGUCGCAGUUCCCCAUCCAUAGUAACAGAGAGGAGAGAUAGAGAAAAAGAUAAGGAUAAGGAGAAAGAACCUUUAAGCCAAGGAGACUUGAAUGAGAGGUUUAAAGUGCUUUUGCAGAGAGCCGUUGAUUUUGUGUUUCUUUCUGCCUGGUCAUCUGUUGAAGCUGUUGCCUGUGUAAUGCCAUCAGGAAAUGCUGUGGAUGCUUUCAGUUUGUUCUUAUUGGAAAUGCUUCUGUGUGCCACUGCUACCAUUACGCAACGUAAAGGUACUGGCAGCUGUGAUCGUUGCGGAUGGGAACGAAUGGUGUGGGGAUCACAGGAUGUUUUGCGUCUUCAUUUAACUCAUUUAUUAGCCUUGGUAACAUCGCCAAGAACUCAUACAUAUACACGGAUUCGAGCAGCACAGUUACUGGCCACUCACACACAAGCCAAAGGAAUUCUUCUGUAUGCCACAAAGUCAAAUCCCCAGUUAAUGUACAAGGUUGGAAUCUUCUUGCAUGAGUUAAGAUACAAAAAUGAGAAAAAGCUGGAAGAGUCUGAUAUCAAAAGUUGUGAAACGGUUUUGGAGAUAUUAGAGGAUUGUACUGUUCAUGUUUUACCACCUCCAGAACUAUAUCCACCACAUGGUGCUAUGAGGGAGUGGAGUGUUGUGAUAGAAGAGAAGAAGCAGUGGCAGGAUGAAGCUGCAAAAAUUUCCAACCUUAUUGUUGAGCGUUAUACAAAAAUGGAUAAAAGAUUAAUGGGAAAAAACAGCCAUAUAUUUGAGCAGGUAGCUGCUGAGUGCAGUCGCCUUACACGGACUGUUGUGGAUCGACAGAAUGUGGAACGUAAAUUUGUUCUCAGUGGAAUAAAACAUUCUCAGUGUUGCCAUGUUCAUCUAACCCAUAGAUGGAGAAGUCUGAUUGAAAUACUUUGUCAUGAAAGGGGUACUUGGCAUUUUUCAGACUCAUAUCCAAGAUCUUGGCAACUUGACCAAACUGAAGGGCCUAUGAGAGUCCGUAAAAGAUUAACAAGGGGACGCUUGCAUUUGCAACCACGGUAUCUGCUUGAUGAAUACAAGCAAAAGCUUGAAAAGGAGAGUCAGCCUACACCUUUAGAAGCAGUACUAAGAGGUUCAGAAACAGAAUCUGCCAUGGCAGUAUUGAUUGAGCGACUAAAUUUGAGCGAACGAAUUGUUCACAUGAGCAGUGCUACUGUCAUAUCACCAGGAAUGGAGCAACGUGGGGAAAUUCUAAUAAGUCGAACUGCAAUGUACUUUAUAGGGGAGCAAGUUACCGUAGAUAUGAAUCAGUGUGGUGGCAGCAGUGAAUUGGUAUCUGUUACGUGGCCUUUAGACAAUAUUCGGGAGAUCCACAUCAGAAGAUUUCAGCUUCAGGACUGUGCUUUGGAGCUUUUCCUGACAACUGGACACUCUGUGUUAAUGGCAUUUUCAGACUCCCAUCACCGUAAUCAGGUCAUGGGUGUCUUGACCUCCUCAGAUCUUCCAAAUCUUUCAAGUAAAACCACUUUGCCUGAGGUCACUACCCAGUGGAGAGAAGGUCACAUCACAAACUUUGAAUAUUUGACACAACUCAACAAACUUGCUGGUCGCUCAUUUAACGAUCUGAUGCAGUAUCCAGUUUUCCCUUUUAUUCUCUCCAAUUAUACAUCUGACACUUUGUACCUGAAUGACCCAUCGGUGUAUCGUAAUUUGAAGAAACCAAUUGCUGUUCAAGAUAGUGCCAAAGAGGAUCACUACAUAAGUAAUUAUGAGAUAACGACAACAAUGACCCAAGAUGCAAGGGAUGGUCCUUAUCAUUAUGGUUCUCAUUAUAGUAAUUCCGGUAUUGUUCUUCACUUCUUAGUACGGCUUCCUCCAUUCACACAGUUAUUCCUUCGAUACCAAGAUGGAAACUUUGACAUACCUGACCGAACUUUCCACUCCAUGCACACUUCAUGGCGUCUUGCUUCAAGAGAUUCCACAACAGACUUUAAAGAGCUCAUUCCAGAAUUUUUCUUCUUACCAGAAACGUUUCUCAACUCUGAAGGAUUUAAUUUUGGAGUUCGACAAAGUGGCGAAAGGGUACACCAUGUUCAUUUACCCCCAUGGUGUGGUGGAGAUCCACGCAGGUUUGUUUUAGUCCAUCGAGCUGCUCUAGAAUCCUCUUAUGUAACACAAAAUUUGCAUAAUUGGAUUGAUCUGGUGUUUGGUUACAAACAGACUGGUCGAGCAGCUGUUGAAGCCAUCAAUGUCUUCCAUCCAGCUACUUAUUUUGGUUAUGAUGUUGAGAAUGGUGGUGAUGAAAUUAGCAGAGAAGCUCGAAAAGCCAUGAUCAAGACAUAUGGUCAAACCCCGCAACAACUAUUUGUUAACCCUCAUCCAACAGUCAACCAUCCUGGGUUUACACAAAAUCCAAAUGCUCCUGAGGUGCUACAUGAAGUCCGAGGAUUGAGAUGGGGCACUUAUGCAGGCUCUCCAGCUGAUGAACGUCCUGUCUUAGCCUUAGUACAAAACCUGAAAACACAGGCUGCUUUUAUAUCCAGCAUAUCAGCCACCGAGUUGCUCCUGAUGCCUCCACACACACUUGUAUUGACUGCUGGGGUUGAUAGAGGCAGUAGAACUCGUAUAUCGCCUGCAGCAUCGUAUAGUACGCUGCCACAUCCCCGUCUUCCUGGGAUCGCAUGGCAGCAUCUUUCCAUGCUGUAUCAAGUUGCACCUAUACACACUCCUUGUAUCAAUGGCGUGUAUAUAUUGUCAUCACACCACCACGAUGGAAUAAUUCGGUAUCGUCGUCAUAAAGAAACUUCUGCACAACCUUUAAUUACUGUGCCACAGUAUGACAAACUUGCACUAUACUCACGACAACCAUCAUUUGUGCGGCAUCACCGAAAGCGGAACUUUGCUGGUGUGGGAAUCCUCACUUGUCAAAACUAAAAUGCCAAAAUUCAUUACAGUUCCUGCAGUCUGAAAUGGUUCUAUGAAUUUCUGUAACUGUACUACUCCUUUAUUGGACUGUCGUUUGUAUAUAUGAUUUGUAAAUAAUUCUUUUUAAUACGUAUUAGAUUUUUCUAUUAAAAGUCUCAAGUUUCUGAUCAAUAGAAUCUCGCAUACAGUAAUUACAAAAUUUGUAAUUAGCCUGUAAUAAUUUAUUGCCUUUCUAAGAUGUUUUAUAGGAUUAUUGUGCUUCCAUUAUCUUCAGUAUUAUCCGACAUUGUCAUAAGGCUAUUGUACUUGAUUGUUAUGUACAUUAAUUUUUAUUUUUUUUCUCUUGUAAAUGAUCUGCUUGAAAAGAAGUAUACUUUUAACUGGUAAUGUAAUGAUGAAUAAAAGACUAAGAGUUCUAUUAUUUUCUGUACAAAAUAACAUUAUCUAAUACCAUAAAUGGUUUCUGAACCACAAACAGUAAUUUCAGUUGUUACUGCAAGUGUACUUUAGUAGAAUUUACUGUUUAAAAUCUCUAGUCUGUAAGUUCAUGUUAUUUGUAAAAUGGAACACAUUAAAAUGUGUAUGGUCCCACUUAUGGUGCCAUGUCACACUAGUCUUUAGUCAAAUUACAAAUUCAGUAUAUUUGUACACAUAAUUAUAUACUCAAGUAUAGGAACAAACACCCAUUUAGGUGUAAAUUUAGUAUACAUGAGAGUGGAUGUUGGUUACUCUACUGUAUAAAUAUAUACGUACUUUACAGUAUAUACUUAUGUGUGUUGUGGAAGUAUGAGCAGCUACCUCCCAGUCAGUGUGAUAUGUUUGUGAUGUAAAACCAGUAAUCAGAGUAAUUAUAAGAGUAUUUUUUCAGGUACUGUAUUUGAUAAAUAGCAGAAUACAUAUCAUAUAAUUCCUAAAAGAAAUUAUUAGUUUAUUAAAUCUGUGGUAAUGAUAUACUUUGUUUAUUGUGUACAUUUAUAAUUUUUAACUCCUAUAUGUUAUUUAUUUAGGUUUAUAACAUUCCAUUGAUUUGUUGAUCUUUCCAUAUUCCAAGUAUUUUCGAAAUAUUUCUUUUAAAUGCACAAAUUAAAUUCAUAGAGGUAGCUUUCAUUCUUUGCACUGAAUUAACACCAAAACAUGAAUUAUUUUAUGAAGUCUUGUCAGAGUAAAUAUGCUAGUCAGGAUUCAACAGGAUGUAUUGUUUUGAUUCUACAAUUGAAGCAAAGUUUUAAUUUAUUAAACUGCAAGGUAAAGGCACAAAAGUAAAUUUUUGUCACAUUAGAUUUAACUGUAAUUUUUAUAUUGAUUUUAUAGUCGCAGUAGAAAUAUCUGAAUAGAUUUUACCCAAGUUUUAUUUUUAUCGUUUCAAUAUAUCAAUGAUGUUAUAUUUUAUCAAUGAUGUUAUAUUUUUCUUUUAUAUGAAAGUACUAAUGCAGUGCAUAUUACAGUAGGUACUGUGUAGUUAUAUUCCUUGAUUUUAUGAGAACACUUGGUAUCUCAGUAUUUUCAGUUAACUCUCUUAUUUUUACAGUGUCUCAUUCAAAAAUGUAUAAAUGUAUUUGCUACAUCAUGAAUGUUUUCCCAUAUUUUUUAAUAUUGGUGCCAUCCAUAUACAGGCACCAUCAUUUUUCUUGUUUUACUAUAUUUCAGGUUUUAGUUAAUUUUUUUUAUCAACAAUUAAUGGUAGCCUAAAGUCAUUAUAAAAAAAGUUUAGCAUCAUAAAACAGCACACAGUGUGUUGAGCAAUAGAAUCAUAUGGAGUGUGUCAUCCAAAGUUUCAAGGUUAUUUUGAUGCAUUAUAUAUUCUGAAACAAUCACUGCUACUGCCUCAGGUACCACCCCUUCAUUUUAACUUUUCUAAAGCCAGCAGCUAUUUUGGCAUAGCAUUUUUAACUUUGGCAAAAAUGGCCUUUGGUGUUUAUGAACAAUGCCUUUCUGUUGUAAUAAUUUGUUGAUGGCCAAUAAUCUGAAGAAAAAUCUCUGACAUGAAUUGGUGUCCCUCUGGUAUGAAUGAAAUCCUCACUUUAUUAAUUUAUUUCAUGUACAGAUGAUCUUAUAUGCAGCAGAUUUUGUGAGAGAAAACAAGGAACAGGAAGUUCCAUUGUUUUUUUAAUUGUAAAUUUUAUUUGAGCACCUUGUUGCCACUGGUAGUUAACUUCAUAUGAAGUGUUUUGCUUGCAGGCUUAGUUCUUUGUCAGGUCAUUAAAUACAGCUGUAUUACAUUCCCUCCAAACUUAGAUGACCAGUGGUAUUAGAAUUCUCAGUAAUGUAUUAUUUUCAAAUUUUUGUAGAUAGCAUUGUGGAAAAUGUCUGAAGUUUACACACAACUUUAGCACAUUGUGAAUAUUUUAUGCAAAUUGAAUAUUAUAUAAACCAAAAUGUACUGUACUUAGCUUUUGAAUAUACCUGGUUUGUAUUUUUUGCUGUGUAAUUAUUGCUCAAGUUUAAUUUUAAUUGGAAUGACUGUACAGAUUGAUGUUUUAUUUUUAUGUAAAUAGAAUUUAAUUAUGGUAGAUAGUAUUAUUAAUGUUGAUUAGGGUGAACAUUUUUCCACCUUUAUGUAAAAUUGGUAAUAAAGGCUUCUUUUCUUAUAACAACAAUUGUGCGUACCAAGUGUGCCUGUAUGUUCAAAGUUUUGCGGUAGUUUCUGUAGCUUCCCAUAUGUGAUAAUUAUAUUAAGAAAAUUUAAUUUGUUAAUACCAUAGUUUAUUCCAACUGAUACAUUUUUUUAUUCAAUUGUCCUAAGUUUUGCUGCAUUGGUUUAUGUACUGUGAUAUUUUUUUUACCUAUAUUGUAAUUAGAUGUCAUACAUCGUGAAUGUCAGCAAGGCUGUAACAUGAGCGGGUUUAGCUUUUUUUUUCUUUCUUUCGUUCAUUGUAUGAAAGUUUGUUAUAUUUUUUGCUUAUCAUGCAGCUAGAUUCACUGAUGUUCAUAGUUACUAUCUGGGAAGGGUUAUGUUAAAGGCUGAUAUAUACCAGGAGCUCUUAAAAUAAUUUUUUAAAAUCUGAAUUUAUCUCAAAAAUUGCAUUUUAAAUCAGUUUGUAUUUUUCAUAAUUAACAAACCUUCGGUCUUAGUGGAAGGAUAAAUUCUCUGGCGCCAGCUGCAGUCUGGUAAAAAAUAACACAAGGAAAUGGUGGCAACAGGCAUCAGCCAGUAGGGGAGAAGGAAACUAUGCGACUUGCUUUACUCCAGUUACACAUCAAUUCAGUUUCCUUCUAUCCCAGGAAAAACUGAGGGGCGGCUGGAGGUGGACCGUAUAUGUUUAGACCGAAAGUUUGUUAGUUAUGAAAAAUACAAAUUUAUUUAAAAUUUGUCAUUUGUUCAUAUACAGAACAAACCUUGGCCUUAACAUAAGGAUGACUUACUCUUGGAGGGAGGAUAAGAAAGACUCGGAAUCACCUGGAAGUUCCAACCACCUGGGCUCACUUCCUGACCGUAGGAAGAAGUUAUGAGACUGAUCUAUUGAGCAUAGGUUACUGAACAGCCACACAUAUGGGCUAAUAGAAUAUGAAGUACUUAUCUCUUGUGUCUUGAUGAUGGUAAUGAGCUGUAGAAGAAAACAAAACGUAUGUUAGCCACCAAUGUGUUUGUUGCCAUUUUCCCUCUCCCCUUGUAAGAGAGAGGAAUGGGAGUUGCUUCUACAAAGUAUUUGUAUUGUGUAAGAACAAACAUAAAAAACUUUAUAGAAGCUUGGUCACCUGCAUAUAACCAUUCCCAGAAUAUGAGAAUAUUCUCUCUACUGCCUACUGGUAGACUAAAAAGAGAAAGGAAGACCGGUCAUCUCAUUCACUUUCACAUCCAACAUCAUAGGUAGGUUAGAUACUAACCGUCCCACCAGGGGCACUGGAUGAACUACAAAACUUAAGCAUCCACCGCCGGACCUGCCUCGGUGGCGUGAUCGGUAUGAACUUGACCUGCCAACCUCAGUGGCCAAAAGUUCGAUUCUUGGGCAUUACAUUGAGGUGUGUGAGGUGUAUUUUUGGUGAUAGAAGUUCACUUUUUAUGUGGUUUGGAAGUCAUAAAGCCGUUGAUCCCCUUGCUGAAUAACCACUGGUUCCAUGCAAUAUAAAAGCACAGUACAAACAAACCACUGGACCCAAAGACCUGUGGGAAACGUUCCGCAGCUAGAAGGAUGUGAAGGUGGCUUGGCAAAGCCAGAUUCCUUUCUUCAAAGUCCUGUGAACCAAGAAGUUCUUGAAAUUUGAUGGUAGAGCCUAGGCCCCUAACAUCAUGUACUCUUGCAUGCACUGUAUCAGCAUCUGAAUGUGAAGUGGAGGUUCCUAAUCACUUCACAUAACUAAAAGGAGAUAGUAUUCUUUGACACUUCUUUCUUGUUCCAGCCUGUGCUAACAGUGUUAGGCUAUCAGGUUGGAGAUGCCAGGUUCUGUUCAGAUAGCUAUGCAGUGCCUUGACAGGGCAUAACAACUUAUCUGGGUCACCAAUAAAAUCCUGGAGAGAGGGGAUCAAGAAAGACUAAUCUGUCAUCAUGAAUAAAGAGAGAGAUUUCGAGUUGGAUAUGAGGACCACGGAGUGUCCUGUCACCCUUUCUGGGAAUUCCUUAAGUCUCUAGAUUUAUCACAAUGCUUAAGCCAUGACCAAAUUGGAGUACACAAUCUCCAUCUUGAAUCAGCUUUACUUGACAAUUUGCCAGUCGUCAAGGUAUCUCAAGAAGAGAAUACAUGCAGUCCCCUGUUAUUGGCAGAAGUUUUGUUCUCGGCUGACGAGUGAAAACCGUCAUUAACCCUUAAACGCCGAAGCGGUAAAAAUAAAAAACACCCCCGAAUUCCGGAGCUGGUUUUGAGUGAGCGCGGAAGCGGAAAAAAUAAUUUUUUCAAAAAAUCACAGCACGCUUAGUUUUGAAGAUUAAGAGUAAAUUUUGGCUCCUUUUUUUGUCAUUGCCUGAAAUUUAGUAUGCAAUCAUCAGAAAUGAAAAAUAAUAUCAUUAUCAUAUGUAAAUAAUGCGAUAUAUGGUAGCGAAAAAAAAAAUUCAUACAUAAUUGUAUUAAAAUCACGCUGUGAAAAAAACGGUAAAAGCUAACGAGUUUCUUUUUUUUUCAUUGUAUUGUACACUAAAUUGCAAUCAUUUUGAUAUAUAAUACAUUGUAAAACAAUAAAAGCAACACCGGAAAAAUAUUAUCACAAAAUUAUGUACGAAUUCGUAACUCGCAGACGUAAAAAAUUGUUUUUUUUUAAAUUCACCAUAAAUCUAAAUAUUGUUCUAGAGACUUCCAAUUUGUUUCAAAAUGAAUACAAAUGAUUGAAUAUUACGAUACUGUAAGAGUUUUAGCUUACAAUUGCGUUUUUCGACCAUUUCGGUAGAGUCAAAGUUGACCGAACGUGGUUUUUUUUCUAUUUACUGUGAUUUAUAUGCAAAUAUUUCGAAAAUGAGAAAAGCUACAACCUUCAAAUAUUUUUCCUUUUAUUUUACAUGAAAUUGCACACAUUUUCAUAUAUAAAACUCUAUGAAAUGCCUAAUAUGAAACGGAGCAAAUUUUCCGAGAAUUCGAUGUACGCAAUUCGGAGAUUUAUGGCGGAGAAUCCGCGCGCGGAGGGAAGGAAAGUUUUUUCAUAAAUUCACCAUAAAUCGAAAUAUUGUGCUAGAGACUUCAAAUUUGUUGCAAAAUGAAGGUAAAUGAUUGAAUAUUACUAAAAUAUAAGAGUUUUAGCUUACAAUUGCGUUUUUUGACCAUUUCGGUAGAGUCAAAGUUGACCGAACGUGGUUUUUUUUUUUUAUUUAUCGUGAUUUAUAUGCAAAUAUUUCGAAAAUGAGAAAAGCUACAACCUUCAAUUAUUUUACGUUGUAUUCUACAUGAAAUUGCGCACAUUUUCAUAUAUAAAACUUUAUGUAACGGCUAAUUUAAAAUUGUGCAAACAUUACCACAAUCGCACGUAUAAUUUUUUCGGAAGAGUUACUGCACGGACGUAAGGAAAAUGUUAUUUUUUUCAUAAAUUCACCAUAAAUAGAAAUAUUGUGCUAGAGACUUCCAAUUUGUUACAAAAUGAAGGUAAAUGAUUGAAUAUUACUAAAAUAUAAGAGUUUUAGCUUACAAUUGCGUUUUUCGACCAUUUCAGUAGAGUCAAAAUUGAAUGAAGGUUGAAAAUUUGUCACUUAUCAUUUUUUAUAUGAAAAUAUUUCAAAACUGAUAAAAGCUACAACCAUGGGUUGUUUUUAGUUGUAUUGUGCAUGAAAUUGCGCACAUUUCUAUAUAUAAAACUUUAUGUAACGGCUAAUUUUAAAAUGGUGCAAACAUUACCACAAUCGCAUGUAUGAUUUUUUUCGGAAGAGUUACCGCGCGGACGUAAGGAAAAAGUUUUUUCAUAAAUUCACCAUAAAUCGAAAUAUUGUGCUAGAGACUUCCAAUUUGUUGCAAAAUUAAGGUAAAUAGUUGAAUAUUACUACAAUAUAAGCGUUUUAGCUUACAAUUGCGUUUUUCGACCAUUUCGGUAGAGUCAAAGUUGACCGAAGGUUGAAAUUUUGGCACUUAUCGUUAUUUAUAUGGAAAUAUUUCAAAACUGAUAAAAGGUACAAUCAUGAGUAUUUUUUUGUUGCAUUAUAAAUGAAAUUUCGCACAUUUUCAUAUAUAAUACUUCAUGUAACGGAUUAUUUAAAACGGUGCAAAAAUUAUGUCAAAGUGACGAAAUAAUUUUUGUGAUUUGUCACUGAUACUUUUUAGUGUGAUAAGAAAGAAAUUCGCGCUUGCGCGCCUGCGUAACGAUUGUAAACAAAACAACGCCUUGAUCCGUGAACUCCCAGCAUCCCCCAAGGCGUGUGAUACAAAAGUUUUCGGCUGGUAGGCCUAUAAGUAUUUUUCCGCGAAUUUUUAAAAAAACUUUUUUGAGCCGACGUAUGGUACGUCCAUUCGGAAAUCGGGGGAGAUUUUGACUCGACGUUUAAUACGUCCAUUCGGCGUUUAAGGGUUAAUGGCGCCUCUAUAAAGUAUGUUAUGGCACCAUAACUCUAUUAUUAGCACCUUAUGGCACUAUAAAUCGCCAAUUUUAUGGUGCUAGACAAGCUCCAUAAAACCGGAUCGCCAUUAACCUAGUCCGCUGAUAACCGGGGACUGCCUGUACUGUGAGAAUAAGCCCAAGUUGAGACUAGGGUGAACACUUUUAUACACCUGUGGGCUGUUGAUAGGGCGAAGCAAAGGACCUUGAAUUGGUAGAUUGGUAGACUAUCUAUCCAAGGCUGAAGUGAAAAAACUUCCUGGAUGAUUGGUGAAUUGGAAUCUGGAAGUAGCAUCCUUCCUGACUGCUGCAAGGAUGGUGCGUGGGGUUUCCAUCCUUAAUCAAGUCUUCCUGAUGAAAAUAUUGACAGUCGACAGGUCUAUUACAGGCAGUCCCUGAUUAUGUGGGGGUGGGCUCCAUUCCUGAUGGCAUAACGAUAACUGAAAAUCUGUGAUAACCAAGGUCUCUGCUCCAUACUGCAGCCAAGCUGCCCAAUGGCUCACCAGACACCCACUCUAUCAUCCACCACCUCUUCUGGGUCUGAAAUAGCGGGGUUGAAAGGAACGCUUUUGAGUUUUUUUUUUUUUUUUUUUCGUGGUACUGCCACACUUUGAGGUCUCUUAGGUGACAUGUAACAACUAGAUUGAGGUCUUUGUUUGGAAGUGCUAGCACAAGAAAUGCCAGACAAUUUCUUGAUGAUUAUUGUUGUCUGCUCUAUGCCUGUCACUUGCAGAGACAAGCUAAUUCUGUAAGGCUGAAUGGAUUCUGUACUGACAAAUUGCAAACUUUAGAAAGAGCAGCAUCUCUUCUUUUUAGUAGCAAAUUGGCCCACACAUCAGCUGUUAAGUAAGCCAUGUAAGAAAUCAUCCACCAACUGCACUCUCUUCAGUGUUGCCCAUUGAAGAGGAAGAGAUCUGAACCACUGUUGUUGCCCAUAAAUCAAGCCAUGAGGUGGCCUGGAAAGCUGAUGAAACAGUUCAUUCCAAGGCAACCACUUCUUGGUGAGUGAAGGAUGGACCCUCUGCUUUAAUUUGGUCUAAUGUAAUGCUUGUGCUUUAAUGAACCAGGUCUGGGUCAGCAUGCUUAGAGCAUAGUAAUCACAAGGCACAAGGAAGACUUAGCCUCAUUUUAGGUUCGACAAGAGCUUCAAUGCCUGAAGUGUGACCUGAUGAGGUACAAGUUUCUUCAACUAGGUCGUUACACCCAUGAAUAAGUUCAGUGAACUCAGCAUAUGUAGUCAUAAACUCUUGAUGAUCCAUAUCUUCAAUCUCUGGGCCACAUAAAUCAUGGUCUAGUCUGUUGGCAGAGUCGGGGAGCCAGAAGUUCAUCAUUUAACACUGGAGUGUAGGCUUAUUCAGGUCCCAGGACCUUCUUGGGAGCCCCUGUAGAUCUAUAGAUCAGGAAGUAGUCUUGUCUUGAAUCCAAUCCCAGCUGCAGGAACAGGAGCGAGAACUACAAUGAGUAGAUUUAUGUCUUGACUGGUUGCGCAGCCGUGUAGGGCUGUCAUCUCUCAAAAAGUGCCAUCAACCAUGAGAUCGGAAAUGCAGACUAAAGUCACGGGUGUUUGUUGGUUUGUCAUCCCUCAAGGCAUGAACACAGCCAUUGGCUGGGCUGACAUGCCUUGCAGUUACAGCCAAGAGAGCGAGAUAGUGUGUGGACAAUCACCAUCACUCUGUUGUAAUGUGAAGGAGAGCCACAGCCAUGUACCUAGAGUCACGACUGUGUGAGCAAGAGCGCUGCUCAUUAUUUCUCCUGGGAGAACGUGAGUGAGGAAGGUCAGUGUUCUGAGAAAGUUGCUUCACAGUCAACUUCUUAGCUGGGGCAUUAAGAUCCUUUCUACAGAAUUGUUGGACAAUUGAUUCCUGUUCCGUGUAACGAGAAGGUCGUGGAUCUGGUUCUAAAGCAGGAGACACAGACAUGAACUACACUGAUCACACGGCCAUGUGAAGAUGAACGAACGGCAACAACACUAACAUGCUUGGAAGGCUGAGCAUCAGGUGAAGAUGAAAAACAGUGGUCCGAAGACUGCCUGCAAAACUUAUUUAUAGGAGAGACUAUGAAAUCCUUCUUCCUCCAUCUGACAGGGAUGGGCAAAAUGGAAGACAAAGAAGAGGCAGGAGAAGACUAAGCCGAAGAUGAGGAUGGUGAUCUGCGACAUCUUUUCUUGGAUAUCGGAAGCUCAACACGGCCAUACUUGAGAAAACACCUUCAACUCUGUCAAUGAGAGCCUGGACAAGAGAGUCGGAGGGAGCAGACAGGAGAUUUAAAGGAGGAUGGCAAAGAAAACUGCCUGGAAGGAGAUAGGUGUUGGGAGAGCUGUUGACAAAUGGGACGACAUCAUGAAGACCAUAGCUUUAGAAACAGCCCCAAGGAGAGCAGUUGGAAGUAGAGAUGACAUCACCGAAACUAAGAUCUGGAAAUUUAAGGUGAAAGUUGCCUUGGUACAAGAUGACAUGCAGUGAGACAAAAGGCCAGAAAGGGUUGGUACCCUUGAUGCCAGACAAUGCCCAACACUCAGACAUCAUCUGUGCAUCUCUUCUUGAAGAAACGGGCAGCAACAUUACAAAUAUGACAUCCCAAACUGCCUCCCCCUCAAAUCUUCUAAGGACAAAGCCCAAGAAGAAUGAGAGGGAGAAUAAUCUUUAUGAGAAGCAGCAGCAGCUAGAGGAGACUGGUAAGGAAGAGGCUGAACAAGAAGGAAUCGGAACAUCAGCCGUUAAAGGGGACAAGAAGUCUUCUCAAGGUGGUGCCUUUGAAUUCCUCUUAUGCUGACUCUUAUUAGCAAACCUCUUCCAAUGUUUAGGAGACCAAAAACAACACACAGAACAAAGGUUACUUACACUGCAAACGUUACACCUGCACCUACAGCAAGUGGGGUAAGGGUCAGUAGACAAAGAAGAAAAGUUUCAGGAACAAAGAUUGCUACCAUAUCCAGGACAAGGUCUUUGAUGCCUGGGAGGCUUACCUGAAGCAUGGGCUUGCAUUUGGCAAAUGCAAGUAAAACACAGAUCAAAAGUGCACACACACAAAAAAGUAGGCAUAUGCAGGCAGGAAGUGCAAAAUAACCAGCUGCUUCUUACGAAAGAUGGGCACCGAACUGUCUUGCUAUGAAGAUUAGAAACAGAAUUGAUGACGCGUAGCUAGGGUAAAGUAGGUUGGUUAUCUUCCUCCUCCUCCCCUAUUGGCUGAUGCCUGUUGCCACCAAUUCCUUGUGCUAUUUUUAACCGGACUCCAGCUAAAACCAGAGAAUUUAUCCUUACAUUAAGACCACAGUUUGUUACAUAUAUGCACAACUACAAGUUGGUUAUCAUGAUUGGAAAAUGUAAUAUAACAAAAAUGUAUCUAUGAGCAUUCCAAGACAAGCAAUGAAAGAAGAAAUAUAUUUAUUUGAAAUGCUGCUCCAAACUAUAUUAAAAGUAAAGGGUUUAAAGAUAAUUGGAAGGUUAGUUUUAGAAGCUUGUAUCAUUACUCAAGUUACAUAAAGCAAUUGGCUUCUAUGUUAUGUUAUCAGACAUUCAAGAAUACGUGUCAGGCCUUGAGUUUUUGGCUUCCAGUUGUUGUUGACAUUACAGUUUUAAAAUACAAUAGUGCUUUAACAUGUGUAGAUUUGACGGCUAUAAUUAUAUCAUUGCAAUAAAACGUUAAUGUU